GCGGGGCCGCGUGGCGUCAGCGCAAGAUGGCGGCCUCGGCGGUGCUGUUCUCGCGCUUGCGGAGCGGGCUUCGACUCGGCGCGCGGGGGCUGUGCACGAGGCUGGCGACACCGCCCCCCCGGGCCCCAGACCAACAGGCUGCAGAGAUCGGGAGCCGCGGGAGUGCUAAGGCCCAGGGAUCACAGCAGCAGCCAGGCUCGGAGGGCCCCAGCUACGCCAAAAAGGUUGCACUCUGGCUUGCUGGGCUGCUUGGGGCCGGUGGGACCGUGAGCAUCAUCUAUAUCUUUGGAAACAACCCUGUGGAUGAAACCGGUGCUAAGAUUCCUGAUGAGUUCGACAAUGAUCCAAUUCUGCUACAGCAACUGCGCCGGACAUAUAAAUAUUUCAAAGAUUAUAGACAGAUGAUCAUCGAGCCUACCAGCCCCUGCCUUCUCCCAGACCCUCUGCGGGAGCCGUACUACCAGCCACCCUACACUCUCGUCCUGGAGCUCACUGGCGUCCUUUUGCAUCCUGAGUGGUCGUUGGCCACUGGCUGGAGGUUUAAGAAACGCCCAGGCAUCGAGACCCUGUUCCAGCAGCUCGCCCCCUUGUAUGAAAUCGUCAUCUUUACAUCAGAGACCGGCAUGACUGCAUUCCCACUCAUCGACAGCGUGGACCCCCACGGCUUCAUCUCCUAUCGCCUAUUCCGGGACGCCACAAGAUACAUGGAUGGGCACCAUGUUAAGGACAUUUCAUGCCUGAAUCGAGACCCGGCCCGUGUAGUAGUCGUGGACUGCAAGAAGGAAGCCUUCCGCCUUCAGCCCUAUAAUGGUGUUGCCCUGCGGCCUUGGGAUGGCAACUCCGAUGACCGGGUCUUGUUGGAUCUGUCUGCUUUCCUCAAGACCAUUGCACUGAACAAUGUGGAGGAUGUCCGGACCGUGCUGGAGCACUACGCCCUGGAGGACGACCCGCUGGAGGCUUUCAAACAGCGGCAAAGCCGGCUUGAGCAGGAAGAACAGCAGCGCCUGGCCGAGCUCUCCAAGACCAACAAGCAGAACCUCUUCUUUGGCUCUCUCACCAGCCGCUUGUGGCCUCGCUCCAAACAGCCCUGAACUCUGGGCAUCCUCAAACUCUAGGCCUGGAUCCAGGGCCCCAGGCCCCAGUACUCCAGACCAAGGCUUGGGCAGCCAAGUGUCCAAUAAAGUGCAUCCCAGACGCCACAA